GAGGCUACACUAACAGAACGUGGCAACAACAAUCUUUGACCGUACAGGUCACUUGUUGUGGAAGAAGCUCCAAUGGUGGUUAGAAAGCAUUUACAGUCAGUUUGAGAAAUGCUAACAAGUAACUGGCAGUUUCCUAGCAAAGAUGGAAGGCUUAUCGCUGGAAGCAACGCUUAUUCGAGCUGUGUUCCUUAAACGACAAACCAUGUUACGUAAAUUUAAGCUAGGCCAAACUGAUAUGAUUUUUCACGUCUAGAGAAACCGUGUGAUCCUUGGAAGAAGUAAACCUUAUCACAGUAUAAAUAUGUUAGAGUCGUACAUCACUCCCCUUCUGAUGGGGUAUGUCAACAAAUACAUUAAAAAUUUGAAGCCAUCGGACUUAAGCCUGUCCGUGUGGGGUGGAGAUGUAGUGUUGCAGAAUUUGGAGCUUAAUCUUGAAGUUCUACAAGAAGAACUUAGUUUGCCAGUCAGAUUUCUUAGUGGAAGGAUUCAUGAACUUCAGAUUCAUGUACCGUGGACAAGAAUAACAUAUGAGCCUGUAGAGAUAACAAUUAACACAAUUGAGUUUGUUGUCAAGCUGAGAGAUCCUGAUGACGACAAGAUACCAAAGCAAAAUGAUGAGGCAGAAAAAGCAAAGGUAAAAAUGUUCAGGAGAGAAAUGCAAAAAGCCAAAGCUGCUAGGGAGGCAGAGCACCUUCCUCCUGGCUAUGUUCAAGGUGUGAUGAACAAAGUGAUAAAUAACAUAUCUGUCUGCGUCAAUAACUUAAUUUUAAAGUAUGUUGAAGAUGACAUUGUCUUUUCACUGAAUGUAAAGAGUGUUUCACUCUUUAGUGCAAAUGAGAAUUGGGAGAAGGCCUUUGUUGAGCUCACAUUGCCAAGCCUGUGUCUGAGGAAAAUUUGUAACAUCAAUGAUUUGACAAUUUGCUUAGACAGUAGAAAUGCAGAUGGUAAGAUUGAAAUGUACCAAGAUCCAAUCUUAUAUAAAUGCAAUCUUUCUUGUAGAAUUUUGUCUAAAUAUGUAGGGCUAGGUAGUGUUAGUGCAUAUGAGAAUCAGGCUAAUGUAUACUGUGAAAACUUGGACCUCUCUUCCACGGAUGUGCAGCUCCCAAUGAUAAUAAGACUGUUAAAGCUCUGCCUUGGCCUCUAUUAUCGUACACUUGAUUUGCCUGGAUGCAAUUAUAAACAUCAUCCGGCUGAAGAAAUCUUAGAGCAUCAAUCUCAUUUGAAAAAUGCCACAAAAGGUUCUAAUAAUGACCAAAGUCAGCAGCAAGGACCAGUGGAGGAUUCAGGUUGGGUUUCCUGGGCAUGGUCUAUGUUGCCAAACUUGGCAGAUGAAGGACAGAUAGGCCAGGCUCAUAUGCAUUAUGACUUUGAUACAACCAUGAUAUUUGGCAUUUUCAUAACACAGUGUUCUUUAACAUUGAAAGUGACAGAUGAAGCCCAUAAUAGUAGCAUUGUUGGAACAAGAAGAUUUGAGUUCUGUCCAGUUUUAAACAUAGAGAUGUCAGGUUGUGCAAUUGAAGUUAUUUCUAAAGGAGAGGAAUAUUUUGACUGUCAGUUUGGCGUUUGCAACAUUGUUGGUUAUAUGAUAGGGAACUGCCUCUGCAAGAAAGAAAAAGCAGAUAUUUACAAUGUACGAUCUGAUGCUUCCAUUGACUUCGAGGAGAUGGAUAAGGAAGAAGAGGAUGAGCUUUUCUUUCAAAUUGGUAAUUCAAAGGAUACAGCUACUAGUGGAGUAAGCUUUCUUGAAGAUUCACUGUUCCAGCAACCUGGCAAUCAUGGAAAUUCAGAGAUGGACAAAAGCAAUAUGUAUAAGAAAACAGUUCUGCCUGAAAAAGGAAAACAGUUUAAUGAAGGAAAGGUUACAAGAAAAUUUGGUGCACUCUUUUUUGAUUAUUUUUAUGUGAUGGACCUUCCAAAGUAUGAAAAUUUGGAUGAAAAGCAAAAUAUAACGAAGCUGGAUUCAGAUCAUGGUGUUGAUUAUGUCAAAGAAGUAUCUACAAAAAGGAUCAUCGUAGGACCAUCUCAUUGCUAUGUAUCAAGCAGAUUACAUCAUUUGGUUAAAAAAAUAAUUGCCUUUUGUGAAGACGAUAGCCCUCCUCGAAAAAUGAAAGAAGAUGAGUUUAUUGAUCAGUUUGUUGUGAACCAACUAGUGCUUGGAAAUCUGCCUACAAGAGCACUUCAUUUUACCUGCCAGUCCCUAAAUUUAUCAGUGUCCUAUGCCGACCAUCUUUUUCAUGCAGAAAGUGCUAAUGAGCAGUGUAAUUUAUAUGGACUGAUGCUGCUAAUUGACAGAGUUGAUUAUCAAGCAACUUCUCCUAUGUAUCCAGCCGAGCUGAAUUUUCUUUUGAAAACAGCUACCAAACAGAAAGCAAUAUUCUGCAGAGCAGCAUAUUCUGAUUAUUUUGCCAAGCUCUUUGGUGUGCAAGUUGGUAUAUGUGAACAUGGCCCUGAAGGCUCAGAUCCCACUGUUCUUAAUAUUGUUCCACUGACUCAUGCAACAGUGUACUCCAAAAUGUUUAUUGGGGAAAGCCCAAUGCAAAAUGCUUCAAAGUUAGAAGUCAGAGCUCAAACUCCAAACCUGACAUUCAAUUUGACAAAAGCACAAGUACUUAUGAUCACGGACCUGUUGAACUCAUGGACAAAACAAGGACCAGCUGCUUUUAACCAAAUACUACUAGAUGACAUAUUUCAUCCCAAAGCUGAGAACCAGAGUGCAUCAUCACUUCUUGAUGCUUCUUUAGUUGCUAUGGAGAUGAAGAUCGUUGACACUGACGCAGCUUAUGCAGUCAGUGGUUCCCUUGGAAGCUUUAAAAUUUCUGUUCAAUCACUGCAUAAAGGCGUUCCAACUAACACUGCUGUAAUGUAUGGACCUUUAAACACGGCUGCCGUUAGCAGUGUGCAAUCGUUUCUUGAUCAAAAUAACAAGAGCCUCCAAGACAUACCAAAUGUGACUCUGUUGCAGUUUAAAGCACAAAUACCUUCCAAUGAAAAUCAAGGCUCAACCAAAAAAGAAGCUGCAGUAUUUUUAUUGCAAAUGAAAGGUAUCGCUCUACUUGUAACUCAACCACUUAUCGACUGGACUGACUAUAAGCCGUCCUCUAUUCCAAGAAAGCGAACACGUGGGAUUGAAAAGAGACCAUCACGUAUCAUGUCUCGAAGCAUGUCGGCCAGCACUCCAAAGAAAAAAUCCUAUACUCGACUGUUUGGAAAUUCUCCUUCAAAAACUUCAAAAGAGCUCCUCGACCAGCGGGACAAGAAACAGGAAGAAAGAAGGCAACAUCAAGAUAUCAGAACAAGCGAGGAGAGUCUCAUAUCGUACACCAUGGAAAUAAUGAAAUCGCUUGUUUUGAAGGUGGACCUUGAGUCUAUUGCUGUUUUUAUGCCUGUAGGAUCAUCUAAACAUGGGUUUGAAACUACUAACCCAGACUACAACAUACCAUUGGCAGUGAAAGCAGCCUGCCAGUUGCGAUCUCGCACCUUUCUCGAUACACUUGUGGUCACCCUUCCAAGCAUCAAAAUAAACAGUUCAAACACGAAAGAUAUUGACAUGUCAGGUGAUAUUCCAAUCUUGCAGCAAUCAGACGAGCUUCAAGAGCAUUCCCUACCAUGGGCAUUAAAUGGCCACGGGUUUUCAGUAUACAUCCUAACAGCAGAGACUCUGGCAUCAAGACCAGAUUUUGAAGCAUGUUAUAUGUGGCAUCCAGCACCGUGGACUAUGUUCCUCGCAGCGGCUCAUACGAAUCCUAAGACACCUGAGGGCCUUAAAAAACCCUUUCUAUUCUUGCAAGAUUCAUUGACAAUGGUAGGCAUAAAACCUGUUGCAAAGAGCCCUCGUGCAAAUUAUGGUAGCAUAAAGGACAAAAACCAGCAGUCCCUUGGCUUCUGUGUCCAUAUUGAUUUGUCUUCGGUGUCUAUUGGAAUAUCAAGAAAACAGAUGAGUGUGAUUCUUUCGCUCCUGCCGCGAUUCAAAAAGGUCAUCGAAAACUUGAGCAGCAAAAGGACAAAUGAGGAUCUCGGUAAAAGAAUCGUCAGUGAUGACGUCAUAAACGAUGAAACGAAAUCAAACCGCUCGGCCGGCAAAGAUCUGGAUCGUCGUUCCGUAUCCACAGCAUCAACAGCAGACCAGCCGGAUGUUCUUAGUGUUUCUACAGAGACUUCAAUUUCCGGCUUGGGCUUUAAAGAAUCGCAAGACAAUUUGGUUGUAUCAUUGUGGUUGCAAUGGAUCGUUCCAAGAAUGUCAGUCACUUUGUAUGGUGAGCCUUCACACUUCACAGCUAAAUCUUGGUACAAAAUACCUCUUCAACUGGAGGACCUUAGUUUCGCCUUCGAUUAUCAAAUGAAUGAGAUUCAAAUAACAAGCAAGGUUGGAUCAGUUUCUGCCAAGAGCUAUUUCCUAAGGCAAGGUGGUAGUGAAUGGUUGCCUGAUGAAUUUGGAGGCAUUCUCCUCUCCUGCAAAGAUAUAAUCAGUCACAACCUGGACAUUCAACCUCCGGGGCGGAAAUCAAGCCUGGGGUCUUUUCUAACUGUGACGUAUACCAGAAAGCCUCUUUCUGAUGAAAGGGUUAGACACGAUUCAGUUCGAUCAGAGGCUGCUAUACUGCCGAAUGCUCAAGAUGUUGAUGAAAAAUCACAUGCAAGUGACAGAUCACCAAGAUACGUCAUUUGCGACGGUGCUGCCAUUCUGCAGUCAUUCCAUGUAACCAUGCAAGCAUUCGACGUCUUAUUGGUCACUGACCCGGUUGUAAAUAUAGCUGAGAGCUUUCUAGCUUUAAACAAUAUCACUGCUAAAGACACUUCUCUGAAGCCAGCUAAAUUGAUGGCAAGCAAAGAGGAUACAGCACGAGAAGGUACCUUCCAGCCACUACCACAACUAGAUGUUGAUUGUAAGGGAAUCCGAGUUAUAGUCCCUUUGCGAGAUUCAAUGCUACAUUCUGAAUCAAGUGAGAGAAAAAGCAGCCACCUUGACGAAAACGUCUUUAUAUUUCAAGUUCGUUCUGGUGUGAUAAAGCCAGACCCAGUAAACAGAAUAUCGUCGACUGUCUUGCAUAAAGAGUGGUAUCGCACUCUUCGGCGACAUCAACGUGAAAAUGGAAGGCGAACAAAAGCAUGGCAUAUGCAAUACAAGGUUGAUUUCAAUGGAAUCAGCGCUUGGACUGGGAAUUGGAAUGAUCUAGUGAAGAGCCUGGAGACGUCAGAGACAGAGCUCUCGGUAAACGCAGACGGACAAAAUCCUGCAUUGGAAUGGAACUAUAAGAUGAUAACUGAAAGACCGCCUGCCAAGCUCAGUCCAAUGCUUCAAGAAUUCGAUUGUCGAUCUGUCAUUUCUCCUGCCAUUCAGGUUACAAAGAAAAGCACAAAUGAGAUCAUUAAUAUUUGCACUACGGCAAUGGAGAUCAAUUUCCCGAAAGAAAUCAUUGCACACUGUAAUCCACGGCAGGUGAAAUUAAUGGUAAAUGUCUCUGAGCAAACCUCCUUGUCACUUAGAAAUCUUGAAGCAAACAGAACCAGAAUUGACAGCGUUUCUAAAUUUGAGACGUGCAAAAGUCCAGAUGUCCUUGAUAGUGGAAUUUCAAGUGAUCAGUCAAUUAAAUGCAUAAGCACUUCAAGAAGUACUCAAGACGCUACAAGCCCAGUGGUUGAAAAGACUUGGAACGACGAAAAUGGGACGCCGCUCGAGCUUUUCCUUAGCAUUUCAAAGGUCUCUAUAUCUCUUCAUGUAGCACACUACAGUAGUGAUCCAACUUCCCUGAAGGACGGGGAAUCUUUUAGGCCGAUAUGCUACAUGGAACUGGUUCAGCCAACUCUCAGCGUAGCAUACUUUAGCGUACAGAAUUCUUUUGAAUUGAAUGUUUUUGAUGUUCUGGUAGCCAUUGCACGUGAGAGCAAAACGACUGAAGUGUUACCUGAACGCCCAAUAUUUGAUAGUGUGGUGCUGAGCACAAGCAAAGGAAAGCGUAAUCAAAAGACUGGACUGUAUCCAUCUGUCCUCAUGUUGACGGUGACAAAAGGCAAAUCAAGUGAUCUCAAAUUGAUAAUCGAUCGGCCGUUGCAAUUUGACAUCUUUUUUGAAAUGACUGAUGUUCUAAAUAUGUUCUUGAGAGAGCUAGAACUGAAUCAGAAGUCCAGUCCAACACCAGAGCCUGACAUUGAAUUUGCUCAGAAGACCAAAAGAGUUAUCACCCACCAGCCCAUAACCAUAGCAACGCUGUCUGCUCAGACAAACAGGAUUCUUGUUUUUCUUUCAACUCAUGCUGAAUGCCAACUAGCUACAGGAGUAAGGUCGCUUUAUGCUGUCUGUGACGUCACUAAAGGUCCCGGAAAUCGAUCAGGCUGUUCAUUCAAGUUUGAUUUCGAAUGCUUUGAAAUAAAUUUGCUGCGUCACCAUAGACUUUGCCCUUUGCUGCUGCCUUGCAUCUUUAAUAUUGAGGGAGAAGCAGAAUUUAACAGUCAGGACAAACGUAACGAGCAAAACCGCAAUGGCGCGUCAAGAACAAUAUUGUCUUUCAAAAGUGGAUUGGUGCGUUUCCAAGUAAGCCAGCUCCACUUAGAGUGCAUUCAGCAGCUUGUGUCUUCGUUUGAAGAAAAUGCCAAAAACAACAAAGAUUCCAAGCAGUCAGUUAUUGAACCAUCUAGUGAAAAUGAGAAGCAAUCCUUUGUUGACAUUAGCCAGGACGACCUCAGGACGGGCAACUUCAAAUACGUCACUUAUGCUGGCCAAGAACAAUCUCGACCGUUGUGCAAUCAAAUUAUGUUUUCUGAAGAAGAUACUGAACGACCACCAACGAUGACAUGGCGCUAUCCAGAGCCUCGAUUUCUAAAGGAGGUUACGAUCUAUCCCUUGCCUUUUCAUGUUGACGAAAUAAUGCAUGGUGAUGAAUUAGCCGAGAUUCCAUGUGUCAUUCGUUACUGGGACCAGUUAGAGCAAGACUUUGUCACCUAUAGACACUUUUUCCUGUCGCAGAACAAAUCAGAGACUCUGUCCUUCCCAGAUCCCGUUCUUAGCACACCGGAAGUAAACAAUGUUGCGUCUGAAGAAUGGCAAAUCGUUGUUGAUGUUGCAAUUGAAUCUGAGACAGAGGAGAGAAGUGAAAGUGACGUCAUUCCUGAUGACAUCUUGAAAGAAGUUAACGCUGUGUACAAGACCCCAGUGUCUGCAGCAUCGCUAGCCGCCUGCGUAAAGGUCGAUUCUUGCUACCUGCCAGAGAAGAUUCCACAUUUGCUGUUUGCAGCUUCAAUUGGUUCUCUCCAGAUAAAUAUUGCCAAUCAUUUUGAUACUAAUGAAAGUGCUCCCUCGCAGAGUUUUUCACCGUUCUUUUUGGAUUCAUAUACCUACCCUUCAAAUCAAGAGGCAUGCCGAUUGGAAUUUGCAAACUUUCUGCUUAAAAGUUCCUGUACUGCUGGAACGAACGCAUCUCAACAAAUGGACCUUGAGUUUGAUGCCUCGCUUGACGUCAUGAAUUAUCACGAUCUCUCUUGGAGACGAUGCCUUAACCUAUCUGCAUCUGUGAUUGAAAUGGCAUUUGAGUCUAAUUGCCAAGACAGUAGUGCAUCUGUUGAUCUGACGAAGUCUAAGUUUGAUUUUGAAGUGAAAGCAGCAAAGAUCUUUGCAAGUCAGUUUGUUGUUCAUACACUUGCACUGACAGCAGAGAACUGGUCAACCAAAGAAAAAGGGUGCAUUGUACCCCUGCUGAAUCAUUACAUCAUAUGCAAUGAAACCGAGGACGUAUUGCGAUUUGGUCAGGUCGACACCGAUGAAGACAUUGUACUGGCAAGCGGGCAAAUGUACCCGUAUAGUUGGAGGUCACGUGGUGCCCAGACACUGCAUGUCUGCAUCGAUUCAGUUGGAGACUGGAAGUGGAGUGCUCCGUUUGAUAUUGACUCAAUGCGAGGCUGCUCAAGAACAAUAAAACACAGUACACAUACAUCAGUGAUUCUCAUAGAGGUCAAGAAUCUCGGUGGUGUUCAAAAACAGGUCAUUUUUCGAGGUGGAAUGGUCUUCAGGAACUGCCUCAAGAGAGAUGUUGAAUUCGAGCUGAUCCUCCACCAUGUUGAAGUAGUUGGCCGUUUAAAGCAGCAAAAGAUCUCUCAGACACCCAAGAACUUUGUCGUCCCUGCUGAGACUACACGGCCUUCGAUGUCAUUCUCUUCAAACACAGUUACGUCAUUGUAUGUAAAGCUUGCUGGCGAUCAAAGCCGUGCCGAUUGGUCAACCCCCCUGACGCUUUCUUUAGGUGAUGUAGACGAUCUUUGUCUACCCUUAACGUUGACAUGCAAAGAUGAACUUAUAAAUGUAUGGUAUUUUGUGGCACGCACAACUAGUGACCAUUACAGUCAGCUCGUGGUAUGCAUUUGUCCAAUGUUUAUCGUUCGGAACCACCUAUGUUGGCCUGUAGAGAUGAAGGCAACGUCCCGUGACAACAAAGAAAUAUUUCAACUACAAUCUCUUGGUCGUGGUGCAGAAACAGAGGUUUUCCAACUGUCUUCUAACACUUGGUACAACGUGAGUUUUCAGUUAGAAGGUACCAGUGAACGUACCGAUCCACCAAUUCCCAUCAAUACAACCUUUGUGGAAAUUUUAAAGAAGAAGAAGAAAGUUGAUUUGUCAGUGGAUUUCAGAGCAGAGUGGCCUUAUGGUGACGAAUGUGCCAUAGUAGAAGAACAGCCACCACGAAUAUUGCCCCAGAGAAGUCCAACACCUUUGCCUGAUGCAGUAAGCCCAGACUUGCAGUGCCAGUUGCUUCAAAGAUGGCCCACCCUGCCAUCAAUUAUCGUCGAUAUAAGACCAAAAUUUAUACUGAUAAACAAUUCACUGGAGAACCUUUCGGUAAGAGACGCUGAAACCCAUCUUGUUUGGGAAUUCGCAAAGAAUACAGCUCUCACUUCUCCAGCUAUUCAGAAAACUAUUCAGUUUGGGAAAGUGGUGGUCGAUGAGAGUGCUGCAUACAGCUUUUGGUCGUCUCCUAUUCAUCUAUUAGAGAAGCUUGAUGAACGGUUGAUGCCUGCAGGCCUGCAAAAGAUGGAUGAACUUCCUCUUUAUACAUCUUCUAGUUUCAGCAUCUUCAAUCCAGAUGGAAACCAGUGUUCACAGUUUGCCAUCUCAUCAAAGAUCAGAAAUAACAUGAUAAUAAUCAGCAUUACUGACAGAUUUUGCAUUCACAAUUUUACUGGCCUUGAAUUGAAUUGCUUUCCUUGUCUCUGUGAAGGCGAUAACCCAAAGGUUGCAACAGAAAAUGUUGUUAAAGUUCAUGCCACAGAAGCGCCUGUUCAGAUAAGCAAAGUUUCCCUUGUUCAAAAAUCAGAUAAAAUGGAAGAAAUGGGCAGCCUUGAUUUGUCAAAAUUCUCUAUUCUUUAUUUCUUUCAACAUAAUGGAUCAUCGACGCCCUUCACUCUGUCGAGUGAAAAUGUUUUUGAUUUAUCACAUGAUCAUUUACGAGAGAACGUAACAAUUAGAAGCCCAGAGAACUCCUUUAUUUGCUUGGCGUUGACGUCAUUUUUGAAAGAUGGUACCAUCAACAUAUACAUAGACCAGGAAGUCUGUCCUAGUUUCUUCUUCACGAAUCGUUCUGGUACGAAAUUAUCAGUGAGCACGUGUUUAUCAGAGAAGAAACAUGAAACAAAACAUAGUCAAGUGCAACCCGAAUUUGAAUGGGAUCCUUUUGUAGAUGUUGUCCCAAUGGAUAGCUUUAGUCACCAGUGUAAGUCUUUUAGAGACAGAUUCCCAAAGAUCGAAGCUUUAACAGAGGGUCGAUUAAAGGUUGUCAGCCAUGAAUCAAAUUGCUCCGAAGAGUUUUUAUUGGAUGGUCUUGAUGGGAAAUUUGAACUGACUGUAGGGUCUCAUAAAGUACUCGUAAGUUAUCAGCUAUCAGCGAACUGUUUUCACGUCCUGUUCAGAGAUGACACAGAAGAAUGCAUCUCGAUUACCAAACCAUUGAAUAUCCCUGUAACACGUGCAAAUAUCCGCAAGUUAGAUGUCAUUGUCAUCGAUGAUUUAGCAUGUGAAGAGGUGUUUGAUCUUUCUAUUGAUAACUUUCUGCUCCAGCAUUCCAUAAAAACAAGAAAUUCUGUCAUUCAUGGCUUACAAGAAUCGAUGUUCAUUGUGGAGCUAGGCGGAAUCCAAUUGGAUAACCAAAGUACUGAUGACUAUGGCCACUUUCCGGUUGUCCUUCUUCCGCUGCGUGAAGUUUCUCAAAGGUACCGUGGAGAAUCACCCCACAACGCCCCAUUCAGCGAUACGCAUGCAAGUAUCACAAAGCCUCUUUUUCGGACAGUUAUCACGGCACAUAGAUCCGCCAGUGCAAAGAUCUUUAUUGACGAUUUGACAUUUCAUUCAGAGCCUUUAGAAAUUUAUACAGAGGAUAGUUUUAUCUAUCGAGUUGUGGGCUUGAUUGAUUCGUUCUCUCCACCGCACAAAUCAGAUGAGGUCACGAAUGAAAAACUGGGCAGAUUAAGAUCUAUAGGCCGCCAGAUAUUAAACCCGAUUAAUCUUGGAGCUAUCGAAAUCAACGAUGUGAGAAUACUACUGAGCGUUCAUGCGUCUGUUAAAAUGUAUAUAGCCGCAGAUCACAUGCCGAUUGUAUUAGGGAAUUUCAAGUGUCAUCCUGGGAGAACACUUCAGAAAGAGCUUGUCAGAAGGAUCUUAUACCACUAUGCAACUCAAGCUUUGGUUCGUGCAGGACUUAUGCUGGGCUCUCUAGAAAUAAUUGCCAAUCCAACGGGACUCCUGAGAAGCCUUGGGAAAGGGAUAUCAGACUUCUUUGCAUUACCGUAUGACGGAUUGACAAGAGGGCCAUCGGCAUUCGUCUCUGGCAUCGGCAAUGGAACAAGAUCCUUUUUCAGGCAUACUUCUGUUGGAGCUUUGACAUCAAUCACAAACUUUGCCUCCAGCUUGUCAAGGAAUAUGGACAGGCUCAGUUUUGAUGAAGAGCACUUGAUGAGACAAGAAGAACGAAGGUGCCGAACGUCAUUGCAAGUAUGGCCAGGAUUCUCAAAUGCUUUGAGUGGGUUCGGAAUCAGUUUACUAGGAGCUGUCGCCGGGUUGGUGGACCAUUCAAUAAACAACAUUCAAAAAGCCGACACAGCUAAAGAGGCGUUCAAAGGGGCUGCAAAGGGUCUUGGCAAAGGUCUAGUGGGCAUGUUUGCCAAACCGAUCGGUGGAGCAAUGGAGUUACUAUCGCAAACCGGUCAAGGGAUAUUGCUAGGUACAGGCCUUGCAAAACCACCCAAGAAGUUAAGAGCAACGCUAGAGAAUGAGGGGGUCAGAUGCCUAAACAAAGACAGUCAUUUGAUGUAUUCAUGGAAAGUGCUUCGCGUCGAAUUCGAGGAAUAUUCUUCUUUGUUUGUGAUCACAGAUGUGCAUGUUAGGUCAGAAUCAGACAGGAAUGGCUACCAUGGAACAGUUAUUUUAACCCCAAGUGCUUUGUACUUGUACGACCAAGAGAUAAGUGACAUUAGAAUGGCAUUUGCAUGCAAUGAGAUUGAUCUAAGGCUUGAUCAAGAUACCCCACAUUUGAUUUGUAUCGAAAAACGGGACAUGCAGAAACCCGCUAGUUAUUGUUACAGCAACCUUACAGAUGUUGACGAAGGGACAAAGGAAAACAGCCACGAUUCAAGUAAGGAUUCGCCUAAUCCAAGAUCAUCGCCAACUAGUUUCAACUAUCCUUUCUUGAUUCAAAUGAAUCCAAGGUAUGCAAGCUUAAUCUUAUCACAGUUCCAGUAUCAGAAGGAUCUGAUUGAAGAGAAAAUGUCCAGUGAACUUGAAGUGUUGGACAUAAAUGCUUUCAACACGUAGAGUAUUAGUGAGUUCGCGGAACAAUGUUAUUCACCGUCCGUCGUAUUUGCAAUCAAUUGCAUUAAAUAUUCGCCCUGAACGAUAUAGUGUCUAGAAACCUGGGCUUAGGCUCGUGAAUUUUGCUUAAGUUUUCUUGAAUACUGCUAUAUUUUCAUGAUUUACAUUUCCAGGUUCGGUUAUUCUAGCAAUCUAAUAUACUUGUGGAAUCAGAGAACUGAUCGCGCUGUUUUACAUUCGAACAUAACACAACAAGCGAGGGUCACUGCUAGCUAUUAUGCUCAAGGGGUUUUUCAGUUCCGAUUUGGCGACAAAGUGGAUGAGCCAUCCGUCAACUGCCAAUAAUUUAAAAAUUUGGCGACCAAGCACCCCUAGAUGGGAAUAAAAUUUUGGACUUGCAAAAUUUGGAAUGUUAUUUUUGGACUUGCAAAAAAUCGGAAUUUUUGGAUGUUAUACCCCUCAUGCCCACCAGCCCCCAUUGCGACGGCCCUGCAACCACGCUCUUUCCCAGUGACAUACUAUUCAAUACUCACGGGGUCUGGUACUAUAGAUUGUGUAAUUACUACAAAUGCUGCAUCAGUGCGCCCAGUCUAUUUAUAAAGUAUGAAAAUUCGAUUUGUUAUUGUAUAUGGUGUAGUCAUUGCUAAGCUAAGUAAAAUAAUUAGUUGCUUCAUAGGUGGACAUCAAAUCCAAGACAGGGGUUAAGUAUUUAUGUUACGUGGGUAUGGUUUACUAAUGUUGGAGGUAUAGGAUAGUUCUCUGUGUUUUUCGUGUUUUUGUUAUCUAUUCACAUAACUAUUUUUGAUUUUAAGAAUGUUACGUUUUGACGCUUUUGUCAACGAAAUAAGAAAUUUUCAUACAUAGAUUCAGCUCAAUUGUAUUAUCCGAGUUGGAACAUCAUUUGAAUGCAUAGCACACUUAUUGAAAAUGAAUAAGACAUUUACUACUGAAAUUAUAUUUAGGAAAUUAAUGUAUGUAGACUGUAUUGAAAAGGAAUAAUUGUUAAAUUUUCGCUAAAUUGUUAAUGUAUAAAGUAAUAUACAUGGUUAACAUUAAAUUUCAGGGUACAUGUUUAAAGGAAAGUCAGUUUCAUCGUU